AUUGUAUCCACUACCAGCACCGAGCUGAGAAUGUCUAAUGUAAGGAAUAUGACGUUAUAUGGCUGGCAAAGUCCACGCCUGGCUGUGAUCGAUAGCCUAAACGAAUUGGAGCGUCCAAAUCGGUCUUGACCUCUUGAUUAUCCUGCACAGGGACGCAACGGUGCGUCACGGAGACGGAAACUCUAAAGCUUAAACCGCUAAGGGAAUGGCUAGCGAGGGUAAUUAGCUGCAAGUAAUUGACCUGCAGAAGAAGCUCUACGGAGUGUGGAAGACGUGUAAAGUAGCCCACUUCCCCAGAGAUAUGGAAAGUCUAGAAACAAGGUUUCAGAAGACGGUUCCGCGGGGAUAACCCGGUCGAAUGGGUACCCAGCCAGAGCACUGGAACAGACUCAACCAGGAAGUACUGUGUCUCCUCGUGGAAGAUCGGCGGGGACAAUAUGACGCGUGUAAAGUGCGUUGUAUAUGGAAGGCGGUAAACAAAUGGGUAACGAUAGUGGGGACGUUCGGUCGGAGAGGGUCAAUCAAAGCCGCUUGCCGAUUCAGGGAGACGAAAGGGCCAUUAUUUAUGCCAAAUUUCCGUCUCAAUCAAAUGGUCGUCUGGAACUUAGGAGGGCCGAGUUUAGGAUUGCGUUGUUCAACGGGGCGCGGGCGAUCAGGCAACAACCGCGUCCGAGCCGGCUUGGACAGGAAUAUUCGAGGGGGAUAUAGGGCGAGCGGGAAGGAGGAACAAAGCAAAAGAUUGGGCCGGAUGGACCCUCCAACCAAACCAAGACAAGACAACGACGGGACGGGACGAGGAUCCAUUGCUGGGCUCCAAUUCGCCUCGUCGGCUCGGGAAAGCAAUCAAACAGGACGAAUUUCCAAUAUGAGAAUGGGUGGUCGGUGCAGGCCGAGGAAGUUAGGGUUGGGGGUGAAGGAUGAUUGUGCGAAAUGCUAUGUUGCAGAAGGGGGAAAGGAAAACGCAUUGGGCAUCAUUUGGGCAUUUGGGCAUUUGGGCAUGGCAUAUGUAUGAUAUGAGACGCGGCGUAUAGCUCCUUUGUAACCAAAGGAUUUGAGACGUGUUCUGCUGAUCCUUCGACACGUACCUUGGGGCCGAAAGGCUUGUCUGAUGUUUGUUCUUCCUGUCGGAC